UUCAACGAAAAUAUAGGCUUAUGAUCGAAUAAAGAGCGGUCGACUCAUAGCAAUGCUGGAUUCAGAACCACUCGAAGGUUAUGCACGAGUCAAAGAACUGUCAGAAGAGGAUAUAGAGACUGCUUUAAAUAAUGUUACCAAGGCCCAUAUUGAUAACUACAGAAUAUUGUCAAUACAUUUAGUGUAUAUUGAAGAAAUGAGGUUUGAUGAAGUCUACGAACACGAUGCAUAUACUAAUGAUAUUCGAAAGUUAGAAAACAAACUCUUUGGAGUAUUAUGUCUAAUGAAUGAAGACAUCAGCAAUUCAAGAGUUGAUAUUAAUCAUAUAUCACGUGACGCCAUGAAUACGGACUUGCGCACCGCUCCUUCAAGGAUGGAUCGUUUUAUCCGAGAUUAUGUGACUGUAAAAGAAACUACCAAGCUCUUGGACAACUUUAUCAUUUUGUACAGAGCAAUAAAAGACAAUUUAAGCAGCAGCAAAUAAAAGCAGCGCAUCGUGUAUUUAUAAUUGUUAUCCGGUGUUUAUUGGGCAUUACUUUCUUUUUAAAUUACUUUAUCAAUAUACUCAUUAUGAUCUAAAACAAAAGUGCUAUUUUGUUAUGAGAAACAGUGAGUCGUUUUUAAACUGAUUCGUACAUUCCAGAUAUAUUUACUGCUCUACUAUUACAUUUCUAUAGUAUCAAUGUAUCAAUGUAUCGUCUACGAGUAGAAUAUAAUAUAUUAUUUUUUUUUAAAUUAUCUCACAAUAUUGAACUUAUCUGAAACAACUGACUGAUUUAAAGCUGUGCAAAUAUGUUUCAAAAUAUGUAUUCCAGUUUGCAGUAAUACUGCAAUAUAUUUAAAUGAAACAUUUGCUUGAGUUUUGUGAGAGAAAAAAAAGCAAAAAUAUGACUACCCAUUUUAAUAUCAAAUAAUGUCUUUUUAUUCGUAACCAUAUUUUAAAGAUUGUUUUUAAUCUCAGUUAUUUGUAAGGGAAAUCAUUUCCUGUGUCCCUUAAUGUUUAUAUUCAUUUUUUUCAGUUCUUUUUUGUUUCCCAAAUAAAUGUUCGAAGUUAUUAAUAGGAAAUCUGAAAAAUGGAAAAUUGGUAGCAAGACAUAUUAUUUUAAUACAAACGGCAUCAGGGUAUUGUAAUUAACCAAACGGUGUCUUUAAGAUUACGGUUUAUAUUACAAAUACAUUAAGGGCAUUAUAUGUGUAUUGUUACACUUUUCUGUAGUGUGUAGGUAAUUCCGACUCGCUUAAUGCUGUAAAGGUUAGUGGUACGUUAUUUAUUGGGUAUUUCGUUGUGAAAUAACAUUGUUGUUUUCAGUGAAUGCCUAGAAUGCUGAAUCAUAUUUAAUGAAUAGUCCGAUGCAAACACAAAACAAAACACAAAACGUGUAGAUAAUUAUAAGUUUUUCGUUAAAAUCUAGUCAACUGACAUAAAUUAUAUUUUUUUCAUCUGGCAUGUUUUUGUUGAAGCGACCAUGUGGUCAAUUGUUGAACUAAAUUUUCAACCGCACAUAACUCGUGCAGCUAUACAAUUUCUUGAGGUAAUUCAAGAAUUUUGAAAAUGUAGAUUAUAUUAAUCGACGUGUGUUUUAAAAUAGAU